AUGCGUGGUGAUGGUGGAGAAUUGGAACUGAGAGUUGUCAGUGGUAAUGAGUUAGGGAUGUUCAUCUUGUACUCAUCAGGUAGUUUGUGCCUGAACAAAGCCCUAGACAGAGAAACUCAGUCUUCCUAUAAUCUAACUGUGACAGCCAACGACUGUGUCCAGCCACUGUCUCUACAGCUCACCAGCACAGCACGUGUUUUUGUGUUUGUCGAAGAUGUAAAUGACAACGCUCCGAUGUUCGUAUCUGCCAAAAGUGUCAGCGUACCAGAAGAUGCUGCUUUACAUUCGCUUAUAAUGACCGUGCAAGCUGAAGAUGAAGAUGCAGGAUCAAAUGCAUCUAUUUUGUAUCUUUUGAACAACGUUUCUGGUGCGGCCCUCCGCAUCGACAACACAAGUGGAAACAUCUACCUGGAGGAGGUAUUAGACAGGGAAAAGGUGGACACCCUGACUUUUACUGUGACAGCCACCGACGUGGGUUCUCCUCGGUUGGAGACCACUAUGAAUUUCACUGUGAUCGUUGAGGACGUAAACGAUAACAACCCUGAGUUCUCACAACGGGACUACAGCCUGUCAGUCAGAGAGAAUAUCCCCAGAGGAACGAGCCUGUUUCACGUUGAAGCUCACGAUCAAGACAUUGGACCCAACGGGCAGCUACGGUACACGCUGAGCCCAGCUGGCCCCUUCGUGGUGGACACAGUUCGAGGUGUUGUCACAGUCAUGGAUCAACUUGACAGAGAAAGGGAGUCAAACUACACCUUAAUUAUAACUGCCGCUGACCGAGGAGACACGCCUAGAUCUGCCACAGCCUCGAUCAGUAUAACAGUGUUGGACGUCAAUGACUUCACGCCACAGUUUUCUCCAGAAAACCUGAUCAUUCAUGUCAAGGAGAAUGAGGACGAACCGUCUCUACUCAUCCAUCAGGUGCUUCUGGAUUGUAUGGUCCUCAUUUUAUGUUGAAGCAAGAACUUUUAAUUCAUUAAUUUAUAUAUAUUUUUAACCAGGUUU